AUCCGAACUUCCAGCUCCUCGGCCUGAUCUUUCUGCUUCUGCUCGGGCCCUUGUCUUGGGGAGCUACAGUGAUCAGCAGUGAGCUCACAGCCCCAUAAUGAACUGGAAGGUCCUUGACCACGUGCCCCUGCUGCUGUAUAUCUUGGCUGCGAAAACAUUGAUUCUCUGCCUGGCGUUUGCAGGAGUAAAAAUGUACCAGAGGAAAAGAUUGGAAGCAAAACAGCCCAAGCCAGAAGCUGACAAGAAGCAGCAAUCAGAGAAGAAAGACACCUGAAGAUUUUGCCACUCGAACGGCAUCUGGAGUGGACUCCAGCUGUGAAGAAAGAGAAGAAAGGCUUAGUAAUGACUGAGUAUGUCGGAGAAUAAACUCCCGGACGCAUACCUUUCACUUAGAAUGAUGUGAAUUUUUUAUAUGGUUUUUAAAAAUCAAGUAUUUUGUUUCUUGAAAUAAAAGCAGUCUGGUCUUUUGAAAGCA